AUCAACUCAUUGUAGUACAUCAUGGAUACAUUCGUGAACUUGAAACGCCUGUGUGUGCUGUCAACCGCGAACUUGUCCCUCAAUCACACUGUGUAGGAUAAAAUUAUACACUGCGGACCGGACUGAAGUCAAGUAGUGUGAAGUGUUGUUUUGCAGCUGAGCAGAACCUACAUCUAAAAGCAUUGGUAUCCGAGACAGUGGCGUGUGUUGUCCAGUUGAUUGGCAGAGCUUGUAAACAUCUGAUCGUGAUCGUGCGCGCGUAGACUACGACAAAACGAGAGUGCAAUACUCAUCCUGCUGCUGAUAGUUGCAGUCAUAUAGUGGGUCACGCCGUAGACUAAACGCGUAUGCAGCCACGCUCCGGGAGAUCCACGAUCAAGUGUACUGAAAGGUGAAUGCAGUGUCGACUCUAUCGGCGAUUUGCCAUCAACAACAUCUACAGCUGCUUAUCGCCCCAUCAAAGGAAACCACGACACGCACUAUUCGGCAGCCUGGUGGCCAUUUCCGCCGCCGAAAGCUCACAUCAUACGGUGGCCAGUGUGGUCACGGCUUCCGGCGCGAUCGGUGGAGCCAACAGUCACGUAGAGAUAACUCCCCGGAGGAACAGUCUCCCGGCGGCGCCAAUUUUCAAAUCCAUCAGUAACGGUAAGCACACGUCACACGCCAACAGUAGCAGAAUGACCAACGAUCGGAGCACAACGGCCGAACUGGCCAAGCGGACACAGGAAGCGCGCGAGAUGCUCAAGAAGGCACAGAUCGUGUGCUUCGACGUGGACUCGACGAUCAUCACCGAGGAAGGUAUCGACGAGUUGGCGCAAUUCUGCGGCAAAGGAGCCGAAGUUGCUGCAUUAACCAAAGAAGCCAUGGGCGGCAGUAUGACCUUCCAGGAGGCCCUGAAGCGACGCCUGGACAUUAUCAAACCAUCGCAAAGGCAGAUUCGCGAGUUCCUCAAGACCCAUCCGAGCACGGUUUCCGCCGGCGUACGGGAACUGAUUGACCAGCUGAGACAGAACAGUGCCGAGAUCUAUUUGGUCAGUGGCGGAUUUGACUGUCUGAUCGAACCGGUGGCGGAUGCGCUGGAGGUACCGCUGUGCAAUCUCUUUGCCAACAAGUUGUAUUUUCACUUUAGCGGAAGCUACGCUGGUUUUGACACCAGUCAGGUCACUUCCAAAUCCGGAGGCAAGGGCGAGGCAAUCAAUAUCAUCAAAGAUCGAUUCAACAGCAACAAAGUGGUGGCAAUGAUCGGCGACGGCAUGACCGAUUUGGAAGCUAGUCCACCUGCAGAUUUCUUCAUUGGAUACGGAGGUAAUGCAGUGCGAGAAGAGGUUCAAAAGCGAGCAACGUAUUACGUAACCAAUUUCGCUGAUUUACUGUGGUAAAAACAUGUUUUUG